AUGUCUGAGGAACGUCCUGCCAAAGUGCAACGAACAGAGUCUGGCGCGAAGACUGUUACCACGCGUGAGUUUCUGCAGACAAGUGUGGCGGAAGGGCCAUUCAGUGUUCUCGACAGUGCCAUGCGGAACGGCACGCGUGUAUUUAUUCAGUCCCGUUUUAAUAAGUCUCUUGUCGCUACGGUGGUCGCGUUCGACAAGCAUUUCAAUCUUGUUCUCCGUGAUGUAGUGGAACUCACGAUGGUUAACAACGAGCAGAAGGAGCGGUCCAUUCGCAAUAUGUUUCUGCGCGGUGGGUCUGUGGUGUUCAUUGUCAAACUUCCACAAAAUGCAGCGUAG